AUUGAUUCCGUUGCACCAAUAUGUAGCUCCCUUCUCCAAUAACGCAGUCAUCUCAAUCAUGGCCUUGCAGGGUCCCCCUUAUCCUCCCCAUCACAAUACCAUGAUGCAGCAACAGCAACCGCCGGCAUGAUGAAAUCAUUAUUGUGGACCGCGAAAUUGCUUCAGGAUCCUGCCCUUCCCGCUUCUUUUUUUGCCCAUUAUUGUUACCAACCGAUUGGUCGCCUUGGAGAAACCCAAAACACGCGGCGCCGGGCGGGCUUGCUCGUGUUGAUGAUCUGUGCACAUGCUUUAUCAGUCACCACCACCUUUGUUGACGGAUGGAUGCUGACGUCGACGACGAUCACCAUCAACGUGCUGUUUCAGUCCUCAUUACCAGGAUUACUCGGCAGCCGUCUUCCGCGAAACCUCUGUAGGGCUGUGAUCUCGCUCCCGGGCUCGAACGCAAAUCGUCUACGCUAGUACGACUCCGAGAACCUCAGUACAGAUCGUCUCUACUGAGAACAUAUCCUUAUGGCACCUUUUUAUCCAACAACAGAUGUGCGCACCCUGCGAGUGCCGCCAACACACUCUAACACAAAGCCACAGAAUGCCACCAAAUCCCUCCAAAACUGCCGUCAUUCUGUGCAUGUUUCGAGAAAUUUUAUGUCUUUCAUCUACAACG